AAUUAUGAUUUUAUUAUUGUUGGAGCUGGUAGUGCUGGGUGUGUUAUAGCAAAUCGAUUGAGUGAAAUACAGAAUUGGAAGAUAUUAUUGCUAGAAAUUGGAGACGAAGAACCAAAUAUUACGAGUGUUCCUGGAUUGUGGCCACUUUUAUCGAAAAGUAAUAUCGAUCAAAGUUAUUACACUCAACCGGAACCUGUAAUAUGCAGUGUAUAUAAGAAUAGAUCCUGUCACUUAGUUGCCGGAAAGGUUAUGGGGGGAAGUAGUUCCAUUAACAGUAUGAUGUAUAUUUAUGGUAAUAAACAAGAUUUUGAUGAUUGGGGAAAUUUCGGAAAUGUAGGAUGGAGUUAUCAUGAUGUUCUACCAUUUUUUAAUAAAUCCAGAGUCGUAACCAGUUCAAAAAAUUUUCCUCAAAGUUCCAAAAGUCAUGACACAGAUGGCUAUUUAACGGUUGAAAAUUUUCCAGAAGAGGAUAAGAAUAUCGACGUUAUUCUUUCAGCGUGGCAAGAAUUGGGUCUACAAAAAAGACAUUAUAAUUUUCACUCUCAAAUUGGUGUCUCAAAUUUAAAAUAUACCGCAAUAAAUGGAUCACGAUGUAGUGCAAAUUAUGCAUUUAUCCGGCCUAUUCGCGAUAAAAGACAAAAUCUCAUCAUCAGGUCCAAAUCUCAAGUCACGCGAAUAUUGAUUGAUGAAUAUUCUAAAAGGACACUGGGCGUGGAGUACGUGUGCUUAAAAACUAAUAAGAUAAUUAAAGCCUAUUCGAGAAAAGAGGUUAUCGUUUCUGCAGGCGCCAUAGAAACUCCUAAAUUACUAAUGCUCUCUGGCAUUGGUCCAGCUAAGUAUCUUCAAGAGGCAAAUAUAAAUGUGAUUCAGGAUUUACCUGUUGGGCAUAAUCUUCACGACCAUACGGUACUUCUUCCAUUUAUAUUUGACUUGCAGCAUGGAUUUGAAGCAAAAACAAAUUUUGAGGAUUUAAAAAUAGAUUUACUGAAAUGGAUAAAGACUCAUCGAGGUCCUUUAUCAAGUAUAGGCAUUCAAAGAACUGUGGCUUUUCUACAAACAUCGUUUGAGAAUCAUUUAGGUGUUCCUGAUAUUCAAGUUGGAUCAUAUUACGAUCAAGCCCAACCAUUUAUUAGUUUAAUUUUCCCUAAAAGUCGAGGUUCGGUUAAGCUGAAUAUAUCUAACCCCGUAUGGAGCCAUCCCUUGAUACAUUUGAAUAGUUUAUCGCAUUCUGAUGACAUUGAUAGACUUGUAGAAGCAGUGAAAAUUAUCGAAAGACUUGCAAAUAGUAAAGCUUUUAUCAGUAAUGGUUUUCGUAUUAGAAGAUAUAAUGAUUGUAAAGAAUUUCAUUCUAAAAAGUAUUAUAAGUGCUUGAUUUCAAAAUAUUCAAUAACGAGUUAUCAUCCAGUAGGCACUUGUAAAAUGGGUCCAAAGUAUGAUGUGGAAGCGGUAGUUGACUAUCGCCUAAAAGUUUAUGGUAUUCAUGGAUUAAGAGUUAUGGAUGGUUCAAUCAUGCCUCAAAUUACAAGGGGAAAUACCAAUGCUCCGAUAAUUAUGAUCGCUGAGAAAGGCAGUGAUAUGAUUAAGGAAGAUUGGCUUUAA